UCAGAAGUUGUGUGGGUUUGGGUUUGGUGAUGUCGAUCAUCUUGGUGCAUUCCUUUGGCAGGAUGCACUUGUCCAGUCAGUACAUAAUUUCUUAAAGAAAAAAGUUGUGGAUGCAUGUUCCCACUGGAUCUUGUUUCCCGAUCCCAAAUCUUUUUUGUAACCGUUAUCGUAUCGUAGUUUAUUACAAUGCUAGUUUCCACUAUGCAACGACUGUUUACUCUCCCAAACACAAACCGAUUCUGAUCAUUUCUGCAGCCCACAUUUGAUUGUGUUGAUUUUUCUACUACUUUAACUUAGCUACUAGUUACUAGUAUUUCUUUAGUUUCUAUUGUGGUUCUUCGAAAUUUCAUUUUUAUGUGAACAGUCUUAUUCUCCGUGGACAGGAUUCUGUAGUGACCAGUGAAAUCUGUCUCUGUUACUUAUAUUUAUCUCUGUAAAGUGGCUGCAAGCCGUAUGCAAUUCAGUGUUUGAUUAAGGAAUCAUGUGUUUAUCGUUUACAACAUGAAGGGAUAAAUUAAAUUAGCACAAUCUGUGCUAGCGAGGCUGUCAGUGUCUCUUAAUGACUGGCACUUAUCAUGACUUAUGCUGUCCAAGUGCAUCUGUGAUUUGCAUGUCAGUCAUUGAGUAAUUGAUUUAUUGUGUAAAAGGUUUGUUGCAAGCGUGCGAACUGGACCUGCGCAAAUCCUGCACAGAUUGACUAAAUGAACUGCUUUAUGUCUCCUGGCUCCCUUGUUUAAGAAGACCAUAGAAAAUGUCUAAUUAAUUUUUGACGGGCGCCACGGAAGAGCUGGGCACUAGCUAGACGAUGCCUUGGUUUCUUCUAUCAGCGCACCAUGGAACUUCAGCGAUUGUUUCAGGAUUUUAACCACAGUAAAUUCGUGGUGCAUUUCUCCCUGUUUGUCUUUGUCUUCCUCUUCGCCAUUCGUUUGGACGAAACAGUUGACUGGAACUGGUGGAUCGUGUUCAUUCCAUUAUGGAUGUGGAAAUUUUUAGUUUUUCUGGGCGCGGUUAUUGGCAGUGCUGUAUGGCUCAAAAACCCACAAUCAAGAAUGGAUGUGGACAGCAUCAUUCAGUUUCGCGCCAUGUGGUUAAGCGUUGCAGUGCAUUGUUUCCUGUUUUUGUUUGAAUUGUUGGCGUGUGAACAACUUGCGCAACCUUCUCACCGAUGGAUCCUCGUUUUCCUUCCACUUACCUUCGUAUCUCUGCUGUCCUUCUUCGUGUGUGUUUGGAGUCUGAAAAGGGAGCGCCCGUUUGAGUUGGAAAUGUUUUGUGCGGUCAAUAUUGUCCAAUUUGUCUUUCUGGCCCUGCGACUUGACGAAAUCGUUACGUGGAGCUGGGUGAUCGUGUUUAUCCCGCUAUGGGUGCUGACCGCCGCUAUUAUGGUGGGCAUGUCGUAUUCUGUAAUAUUUGCCUGCCUGGUUGUGCGCUCCGCCGACCUUCACGCGGAACAGCGAAUGACAGCCGUACGGGCUGCAAUCAGCUCAAGUAUUGUGGUGCUUCCCAUGCUUAUAACUGAGAUUCUGUUGGUGUACAAACUGGAUAGUCAUGCCGACAUGAGUUUCCUUUUCUGCUCGGUUCCUUUGCUAUGUACACUUUUGAUGUUGAUGUUCAUGGCGUGUGGUACACGUGGCGGAAACAAAUGGUUUUUUGGUCUUCGCAAAGGCUUUUGCCAUUCGUUGCUUGCCGCUUGCCCUUGUUUGCGGGAAUACGGCAACAUCAAAAUUGCGCCAUCGGUCCGAGUAGAGAAUCCUACCGAAGAGACCGUCGCAUUGCGCGAUUCAUGGGAAUUGCGCUACGCUGAUACUGCAAAAUUCGCCAAAUUUGCUCAAACUCGUUUACCUACAGUUCAGUUUAUAUCGAUAGAAAGUCCAGACUAAUACUUAGAUAUACUGUUGCUUUAUAAAUCUUGCCUUCCAAGCUUUGUAUUUCAUAUUUAAUGUGGAUGAUAUUCCUCUGUGCGUUUUACUGUAAAUUCUGUUUCCCUUUCUACUUGUUAUUUUAUUUUUAUUGGGUUCUGCGUUUAUUAAGUAAUCUGCACAAAAAUCGAAGUAAAGUUCUCGAUACAUAAAAUUAAAUUAAAACAAAGACUGCAUAAAAU